AUGGCACUCCAUGCCAAAACACGAAGUGAAACUCUAUUGGACUAUGUCAGAGCUCCCCGGGCAAAGUACACAGUGGUGGGGGAGGCGCUACGUUAUAUCAUCCCUGGACCUAUGCAAUGCUCGAUUGGCUGUGGAGGUCAAGCCUGCAAGUAUGACAACCCAAGUUUCUGGAGUGAUGACAAGCAGGCCAUCAAAGGCCUCUACUCCUCAUGGGUUACUGAUCACCUACUUGCCAUGUCCAGACCCUCAACAGAGGUCAUUGAGAAAUACAAAGUUAUCGAGCAAUUCAAAAGGAAUGGUAUAAAGACAGUGAUCAACCUGCAGAAGCCCGGUGAACAUGCUAGCUGUGGAGGCCCUCUGGAGCCAGAGAGUGGCUUCUCCUACCGUCCAGAGGUCUUCAUGGAGAAUGACAUUUAUUUCUACAAUUUUGGUUGGGAUGACUAUGGGGUGGCAAAUCUCACAACAAUGCUGGAUAUGGUGAAGGUUAUGGCUUUUGCAAUGCAGGAGGGGAAGAUAGCCAUCCACUGCCAUGCUGGUCUAGGAAGAACAGGUGUAUUGUUAGCAUGUUUCUUGGCCUAUACUACAAGGAUUUCUGCUGACAAGGCUAUUUUAUAUGUGCGUGCCAAGCGUCCUAAUUCCAUCCAGACCAGAGGCCAACUGCAGUGUGUCAGACAGUUUGUUCAGUUCCUCGCCCCUUUGAGAAGCGUGUUUUCCUGUGCUGAGCCCAAAUCCAACCCAGUCACACUGUCUCAGUACUUGAUUCGCCAGAGAAACAUGCUGCAUGGCUAUGAGCGCAAAGAGCUGAGGUACCUACCUAAGAUUGUUCAGCUGGUAUGUAGGCUGCUGAUGGACAUUGCAGAGAACCGCCAGGUUAUUGAGGAGGACAUUCUGGAGGCCCCUGAUAUUGAUGACAUAGAGAUGACCCUCAGCACAAUUGAGAGGCUUGGCCCCAGGUUUGAUGGACCAGGUCCACGCUUGCCCGGCCCUCCAACCUUGCCUAGACACUUCAACGAGCCACCGAUCUUCUACCAUCGCAAGAGUCUGAGCUAUAGCGACUCAGACUUGAGACGACUGACAUCAGAACUCAACCUUCUAGCACAACCUCUUAGCUCUCUAUCGCAAAAUGAUGUUCACGAGGCCAGUGGGAUCUCCCAGUCCUCCCUCUCUGGUGUCAAGCGUCAGGGGGGAGGCAGCAUCUAUUCCUCCCACGGCUCCAUAAGUUCACUCUGGGAGAAGAAGAAUCUCAUCAAUCAAGAUGAUGGGUCAGUUCUUCUGAAAAAAGUGAAGGAGAAAGCCAUCAAACGCAGUGAAUCCUUGGGGAAUAAUGGCAGACCUGCUAAAAGCGGCAGCAUUUUGUCGAGAUGGAAGGAAGCAUGGAGGACAGAGUUGACCAUGAACGAUAAGAAACAUGUUGAUGGGGACGAGGAAUCGGAAAGGUCAGAGGUGCCGUUUAUCACCCUGCAGACAGAGCUGUCACUGGAUGCCAGGAGGCUGCUGGUGGCCCAGGCACUGGCUGUGGACCUGUUUGAAGAUGGAGAAGAAGCGCACAAACAAAAAGUCUUAGCCUGGCAGGCCGACCUGAACCAGGCUGGAGCGUGGGAGAGGUUGUGUAUGGAGCGGGAUCCCUUUAUCCUGACCGGACUGAUGUGGGCAUGGCUGGAGCAACUCAAAGGGCCGGUGAUCUCCAUUCAGGCUGCUAAGGCCCUAGACCCAAAUGCUGACCCUCAGACGGUACUCAACACACUUGACCAGGCCUCGAAAGAGACAUUAAUGUGCAUACUAGAUUGUAUGGCUUAUAUGCUGACGAUACCAGAGGAGGUGGAGAAUACGUUCUUGGAUCGCACCAUCAAAGCUUUCACACAUCUACAAAAGUGCUCAGCAGAGGGGGAAAACGUAUAUAGGACCAUGACUGAGGUCUUCAGGUAUGUCCUUCUAGAAAGGAGAUGGACACUCAUUGAGAAGGGCGAGACUCCAGUGGUACAACGCUAUCCUUCGAUAUAGCAGCUUACACACUUUCCUGUGUGUCACAAAAUCUACAUCUCAGUGUGAGGACAAGUCAUGAAGGAACAAGUUGUUUUGUGCCUUAUGCUGCAAUGCAUCUUUUAUAUGUAACUUUGUCAGCUCGUUAUAUACUUAUGGUAUGUAAAUCAUGU